CCCUUCUCUCUAUACAUAUUCAUUUCACAUAAUUUGCAUAUUACUUACAUAUUCAUUUACUCAAUUACUCAACCCAAUGCCUUCCUCCAUUCAUCUCCUCUACAUACCAAGUCUUCCAUCUCACCUGGUGGUAUGUUCCUUUGUUCUCCUUUAUUCAUGGAUCUUAGGUAUUUCCACUUCUUACUUAUCAUUGGUCUUCUUCUCAUUUUCCUUAUGAAUAUUCAGACUUACUCUCAAAUCCCAUUUUGCUACUGGUUGAUGAUGUAUUUCAUUUGUACUUUGCUUAAAAAUGUUCAGUAUGAUGCUGCAUAGCAGCCUACAGUAAAAGACAGACAGACCUUUCUUGCACUGGACAUGAUCUGAGUCGGUUGUAUUGAAUUUGGGCUCUGCUACUUUUAUGUUGGAGACUUAGGAUAGAGGAUUGAUUCAAGUUUGGCAGUGGUUUUGGAUGAUUGGUGUUUUAGAGAUAUUGGUUCUGACAGUUUCUAUGGUAACAUCCAAGGAUGGACAAGUAUCUGAUCAAGAAAAAUGGGAGCUCUUUAUCAAAGAGGUCAAAGGUCACCAAAGAUGACCCAGAGGUCAAAGAUCAGGAUGCAGAAGAAGAUGAGGAGGAGUUGGAUCAGCCUACAGCCAGCAAGAGACUGAAAACUACAUCGUUUAAUCUGAAAGAGGUGAAGGGGGACCUUUUCGCUGCUUCCCAGAGUGAGAGCUUGGCCCAUUGCAUCAGUGCAGACGUGAGGAUGGGCAAGGGCAUAGCGAAAAUCUUCAAGGAGAAGUUUGGAGGAGUUAAAGAUCUCCAAGCACAAGGAGUAAAGCCGGGAGGAGUAGCAGUGCUGAAGAGAGGACCCAGAUUUAUUUAUUACAUGGUCACAAAGGAGAAGUACUGGAACAAGCCAACUUACAAAUGCCUCCAGGACUCUCUUCAGUCGAUGGCCAAUCACUGCAAGAGGAAUGGGGUCAAGACACUUUCCAUGCCUCGUAUCGGUUGUGGGUUAGAUGGCCUGAGGUGGGACCAGGUCAAGCAACACAUCUCAGAGAGCUUUCAGGACCUGGACAUCACAGUGACCAUUAACACAAUUUGAUCAGCGGCAGGUGCUUCGAGACAAGAUGUGUCUGUGGUUUGAAGCUCUGGAUCGGUCACAAAGAAACAGUCCUGGAGCAGUCCGACCAACAAGUGCCUUUGAAACUCAACUCAUUUGCUGAUCACUGCUAAAGCGAUUGGACC